AUGUCCAAAUUCGCCAUCCUAUCCGCUUUUGUUCUGCUCUGCGCCCAGCUCCCUGGCGGAUUGGCCAGCCCUGCCAUGAUGAAAAGGCAAGGGCAUGAGCAAGGUCCUGUCGACCCGCCGGCGGCCCCCACCAAACCCAUCGAAGCCCGACAAGCCGUCGUCACUUCCGUCGUUGGGGGAGUCACCUCGGUUGUAGGGGGAGUCACUAGUGUUGUUGGAGGAGUCACCUCUAUCAUCGGGGGCAUCCUCGCUGACGAACCAGUCGCUACCGCCACCGCCGUUCUUGAUCGCCGGGAUGGUGUCGCCAUCUCUGUUGGUGGAGAUAUCACAUUCGAUGGACACUUCACUGUUGAUACCGACGCUGCUGCGUCCAAAAUCGUCGAAGCCCGACAGGCCGUCGUCACCACUGUCAUUGGAGUCCUUGGUGAUGAAUCCACUGCCAUACCAGCAGCUACCGCCAGCGCUGUAGUCGAUGCCAAUGCCAUCUCCGUCCGUCAAAAUGCCGAUGGCGCCGGUCCUUACAGUUGCGAUCUUGAUACUGGAUGCAGCAAAGUCGUUGAAGCCCGCCAGGUCGAUGCAUCCGCAUCCGUUUCCGCUGCCGUGCCAGUCGCUACGGCAGAGCUCGAAGCCCGCCAGGGUAUGGUCGUCUCUGUCGGUGGAGGAGUUGCAGGAGCCAAUUUUGGGGGCCUCUUCACUGUUCAAUCCAGCGCGUUGCCGGCUGCUAAGACUGUCACCUCGGUUGUAGGGGGUGUUACUUCGGUUGUUGGGGGAGUGACUACUGUUAUUGGCGGCGUUACUUCUGUCCUUGGAAAAGCCGUGCCUACGCCGCCAGUUCAGCAUUGAAUGAGUAAGACACGGGUGUCGAAAACUUAGAUGAUUAGUGGAGUAGGCUGGUGUACUCGCAGCGGUUGAAUCUCUAUUGUCCAUCUCUUAGUUACUUUCGUUGCUUUGGUGCUUUCGUAUAUGACUUGGUGGUUGAUCCACCUAUCUGAUCUUCUGAAUCAAAUGUUAAGGAC